UUUGUGCGGCCGCUAACACGAGACAGAGCCGGCGUGAUCGGAUUGAGCACCGCCGUAAGGCUCCAGCAGGAUGGCCACAAAGUAGUGAUUGUGGCCAAGGAAUUCCCGAGUCCGUUUGAGACGGUUGACAGCAAAGCUUCGAUCAACUACACCUCGCAAUGGGGCGGUGCUCACAACCGCUGGGUCAUACCCGUCAACGAGAUGGAAAAGCGGGAUCAUGCGAUGGCUCUCAGAACAUUCCGGCAUAUGGAGUCCCUCGCAAAGAGCAAUCCCGAAGCUGGAAUCACGUUCAUGCCUGGGAUUGAGUACCUUGAGGAUCCUCCAUUACAUUAUCAAGCUCUCACAGAGGAUAAGGCGAAGAGCUUGGGACUGGUAGAAUUCCGGCUCAUGAGUCCGAGCGAAUUCCCAGACGACAAGGUGAAGUGGGGAUGUGAGUACAAGACAUGGUGUGUGAACCCCAUGGUCUACUGUUCGUUCCUCCUCCGGAAAUUCUCAUGGGGUGGCGGACAAGUCCUUCGCAGAGAAAUCAAUGAUCUCCGGGAGGCUUUCUCAAUGAAAGAGCUGUCGAAUGUGCACCAUGUUGUCAACUGCUCUGGCUUUGGAUUUGGCGACAAAAACUCGUUCAUCACCAGAGGUCAAACAUGCGCUGUAGCCAAUUUCAGCCCAGCAACAGUAACACGGCAGAAUGCCGAUGGUUCCUGGACAUUUUGUGUGCCUCGAAACUUCGAUGGCGGCACGAUCGUUGGAGGCACAAAGGAACCCGACAAUUGGGACACUGAACCGUCACUGGAGGUGCGGGAAAAGCUCCUCAAAAGUUUUGCUGCCACAUAUCCUCAGAUUUUACGGGACUGGGGAGAGUACCGUAUUCUCAAAGAUGUCGUGGGUCGACGGCCGACUCGGAAGGGCGGUAUGAGGUUGGAGAGAGAGGAAGCGGGUGAUAAGUACACCAUAAUCCAUGCUUAUGGUCUUGGAGGCAGGGGAUUCGAAAUGUCCUGGGGAGUCGCUGAGGGUGUCCUUGAGUUGUUGGGGGAAAUGAAGGCCAUGCCGCGACUGUAA